UCAUCCACUAUUGAACUUGCGAACAACGUUUCCUCAAUGUCUCACAAUGAAUGAAAAUUUGGAAAACAUCAAUCCAAAGCUAUAUAAAAGAUUGAAUGAUAGAGAAAUCACAGUCGAUGAGCAAGAUGAAGAUGUUGCGGAUGGAUUUGACGCAAGAGAGAUUUUUGAUAUAAUCAGAAACAUUAAUGAUCCAGAACAUCCUUUGACCCUGGAAGAACUAAAUGUAGUAGAACAGGACCUUAUCGAGGUGGAUGAUAAAAAGAACAGAGUGGAUAUAAAAUUCACACCCACAAUACCUCAUUGCAGCAUGGCCACUUUAAUUGGAUUAUCCAUCCGUGUACAAUUGCUGCGUGCUAUACCUGCUAGGUUUAAGGUCAGUGUGGAAAUUUCACCUGGUACUCAUGUCUCGGAGGAAGCAGUGAACAAAUGGCUGCAGCUUUAGAAAAUUCUAUGUUACUUGAAGUGAUCAAUCAAUGCUUAGCCCCAAAGAAUUAACAUGUAUAAAUUAUAAGAUUUACAUUUCUACAACAAUCACAUGCAUAAUUUUGUUUUACACAUACACGCACACAUAUAUAUAUGGCUUUAAAUUACUAUGACAAAUUUAUCUUUUUCAUAAAUUUUUUGGUCAAAAAAGUGAAUGAAAUUAUUUGGAUCUAAAUUUAACUAAUAUCGCAAAAUUUAAAUUUUUGGAUGCGGUACAAAUAAUGCGCAAUAGCUCUUAUAAUAACAGUAAGAUUCUAAAUGGACGAAUAUCAGGAAGAGUUUGACAAAUAUAACAAUUGAUCUGGAAGCAAAGCAAUAAUACGUCAGCUGUAGAAGUUGUAAACCUGAACCAGAAGCAGAGGAAGAAUAUUUAAGGCAACACCAAGAUUCGAUUCAUGGAUCUUCCGCACCACAGCUCACAAGGCAGUUACCGAAGCAAUGAGCCAAACAAAACUUUAUGCUAGUAUAUUUCUUCUGCUCGGUUAUCUAGAUUUCAUUUUAGAAUCUUACAUAAUCUAAAAAUUAGUCGAAAAAUGAAUGAUUCGAAAAAUUAUUAGAUUUAUAUAUAUAUAUAAAAAAAUUGUAAUAGAAAUAUUUGAAGUGUCAUAUAUGCGUGUGUGUGUGUGUGUAUAUGGUAUGUGUAAUUAGAUAUUAUGAGAGAAAGAAUAUUAAAAUAAGAUUUUAAUAAAAUUAAUAUAAUUUUAAUAUGUUAAAAUAAAAGCAGAAUAAAACGGAAAGAGGGUGGACUCUUACAGAAAAUACUUGUAUACUGAUAUUCUAUGAACAUUGAAUAUAUAUA